AUUUAAAUUCUUGUGGAUGAGGGGUUAAAUAUACCCACAUAACAAUUUCAUGUUCUUAGUAGAUUCAUAGAACAUACUUUUCAGAAAAAGUAUAUACUGAGAAUGUGCGUAAUUACCAUUGCGAAUGUGCAGAGCAGAUACUGAGUAUAUACUACAUUACAGUACUUAAACGUUCUAUGUAUAUACUUAGAAUGUACUACCGCACUUCUUUUCAGUACAUACCAAGAAUGUUCUUUUUAGAACAUUCCAAGGACGUGCUAUAAACCUUCUAUGUGUAUACUUAGAACAUACUACCGCACAUAUUUUUAGUUUAUACUAAGAAGGUACUUUUUAGAAUAUUCCAAUUUAUAUACUAAGAACGUACUACCGCACAUCUUUGUAUGGGAAGAAUAUUAUAUUUUUAAGAAUAUUCUAAGAAAGUGCUAUCAAAUGCUAUAUUGCUUAGAAGUAUGUUUUCAGCAUCACCUAAUCUCAUCUUAGGUUCUGUUUAAUAUAUAUAGCUGUGUAACAGCGUAGCAAGGGGCUGCGUGCUAGACAUGACAUGGCUAACUUCAAGCCAGUCAACAUGGUUGUCACUUGUAUGAUUUAUUGUAUGUAAGAUGUUUAGUAAGUUUUAUAAAAAUAUAUAAGUUUACUCAAUACUAUGAUUGUUUGACUUAUAACCCAUUAAAUAAAGUAGUUUAAACAUGGCGCAGUCAAACAGCUAGUUGGGUUACAGUUUACAGUCGAAAAGCUAAAUUUAUAGCAACUUGUACACGAGGUACCAUACAUAACCUACAAUGGCAGUGAUGGGAAUAAAUGUAAAAUUACCACCAGAUUUUGACCUGCAGGAUCAAAAUGCUGCAAGCGAAUGGAAGUUCUGGAAGACUAGUUUCGAAGAUUAUUUACUAGCAACGGGACAAGACCAGUCAGCAGAUAAAAUGAAAAUGUCAAUUUUAAGAAAUAUAAUUGGGGCUGAGUCUGCCAAAAUUAUGUCCACAUUCGAGAUCCCAGAAGCCGAAAAUAACAAGUAUGACUUGAUGAUAUCACUAAUCGAUAAGUAUGUUAAUCCAAGGAUGAAUGAAUCAUUUGAAAGAUACAAUUUUAUCAUGAGGGUCCAGAAAGAAGGAGAGUCGUUUGAGCAGUUUCUUACUAGUUGUAGACAUUUGAUUCGAACAUGUAAUUAUAAUGAAAUUGAUCCAGAACAAACAGCCGAAGAUAAAGCUCUGAGAGACAAAAUAUUAAUGGGCAUCAGAGAUCCAGUUACUAGAGAAGCUCUAUUGAGAGUGGACAAACUUACCCUACAAAAAGCCAUCGAAUUUUGUAGAACUAGUGAACAAAGUAAGAACCAAAAUUUGAAAUUUCAUACCGAAAGAAAAGAUGUAGACAUAGGAGAAGUUCGUAAAGAUAGGUACCAGGGCCAUAGAAAUUAUAAUAGCUCUAGAAGUAAAGCGAAUACCAAUGAAAAAUUCAAGUGUAAAAGAUGUCAAUCAACUCAUGGGGCCAGAGAAUGUCCAGCGUAUGGAAAGAAAUGUAAGAAAUGUGGGCUUUUAAACCAUUUUGCAAAGUCGUGUAGAGUGAAGAAUAUUGAUGUCAUAGAUGAAGAUAGCAGUGGUGGAUCAGCUGAUAGUUUUGUAGGAAAUGUCAAUAAAGUAUACCAAAAUGUAAGUAGUCAAAAUAUUUGGGAUGAAAUUAUAGAAAUUGAAAACAAGAGAAUUAAAGUAAAACUUGACACAGGUGCAGAUGUAAGUAUAAUUCCAUUAAAAAUUUUUAAGAAAAUUGAUAAACAAUUUAAAAUUAGGGAUAAUCAUUAUGUACUGAAAGGGUUUGAGGGUACUCAGGCUAAAACAAUGGGUGUCGUAAAUUUAUUUUGUAAACAUAAAAAUAAGUAUGUUUACGAGGAUUUUACAAUUAUUAAUGGGGCAACUCGAGUUCUUUUAAGUGGUAAAUUAUGUAUUGAUUUGGGGUUAGUUAAACGAAUCAACAAUAUUGAGAGUUGUGGUACUUUAGAAUUAGCAGAAAGGGAUAAAUUUAUAAACCUUAACCCUGAAGUUUUUAGAGGUCAUGGUAAAUUUUGUGGUAAACAUAGGAUCACUACAGUAGACAAUUUUGAGCCAGUAAGUUACCCACCUGUAAAUGUACCUGUCGCAAUUAGAGAUAAUUUAAAAAAUGAAUUAGAUAGGUUGACAAAAAGAGGGGCAAUUGUCAAAGUUAACGAAAUUGACCCCAGGGCAAGCAUAAACCGCAUUGUUAUUGUGGAAAAGCAAAAUGGUAAGUUACGUUUAUGCUUAGACCCAUUAGAUCUAAACAAACAAAUAGUCCGCAAACCAAGAGUAGUACAUAAAUUGGAAGAUGUUUGUGCACAAAUGAUAGGUAAAAAGAUAUUUUCUGUAUUUGAUCUCUCUGAAGGGUAUCAUCAUUUAGAACUUGACGAGACAUCAUCAUGGAAAUGCUGUUUUGCAACUUCUUAUGGAAUUUUCAGAUAUAAAGUAUUGCCAUAUGGAUUAUCAAAUUCCCAAGAUCUGUUUCAAGAAGUAGUAGAAGAUAAAUUUAAAGGUAUAGAGAAUUUAUUGAUUUGUCAUGAUGAUAUGAUUAUUAUGGGAACAACAAAAGAAGAACAUGAUACAACUGUUAAAAAAGUGUUAGAAAGGGCUAAAGAAGUAGGAGCAAAGUUUAAUGGGGACAAAUUUCAAUAUUGUCAAGAAGAGGUCAGAUUUAUGGGUCAAGUUUUUUCACAUAAAGGGAUGCAAAUAGAUCCUGACAGAGUGGAAUCACUUUGUAAACUUGAAAAACCAAAUAGUAAAGUAGAAUUACAAAGAAUUUUGGGCGCAUUUAAUUACGUUAGACGGUACAUUCCGAACAUGGCUGAACAUAUUCAACCUCUUUGUCAAUUACUUAAAAAUAAUGUAGAAUGGGUGUGGCUCCCGUCACAUCAAAAAUGUUUUGAUAAUUUAAAGAACAUAAUUUGUAAAUCACCAGCGUUAGUCCCUUAUGAUCCUAAUCAAAAAAUUAUUUUACAAUGUGAUGCAUCUAAAAAUGGUUUAGGUGUUUGUAUGUUCCAGAAAUAUGAUUCUAUUUUAAAAUUAGUAGCUUGUGCAUCACGAAAUAUGAAUGAUAGUGAAAUAAAUUAUAGUCAGACUGAGAAGGAACUAUUGGCAAUUUAUUAUGCUACUCAAAAAUUUCACAAUUUUAUUUAUAAUUUUGAUGUUGACGUUCAAUCAGAUCACAAACCUAUAAUCUCCAUUAUGAAGAAGCCAAUUUCCAAAAUUGGAUCAGUUAGACUCCAACGUUUAAGGCUUAAACUUCUCAAGUACAGAUUAAAUGUAUAUUUUGUUCCUGGGAAAGACAUACAUUUUGCUGAUAUGCUAUCUAGGUCCAGUUUAAAUAUAGAGACACAUGACCCAGAAAUGUUUGAAAUGGUCCACUCAGUGAGUAAACAUUUACCUAUGAGCCAGGAAAAGCAAUCUGAGUUAAGACUAGCUACUAGCCAGGAUGAGGCAUUAGCAGUAAUUUUUGAUUUUUAUUAUAAUGGGUGGCCAAAAGAAAAAAAUGUUCCUCAAGUGUGUAAAAAGUACUAUGGUAUAAGAGAUUCACUGUAUUUUGAAGCUGGCAUCGCAUUUAUUGAUGACAAAAUAAUUAUUCCGAAAAAACUUAGGCUUGACAUGAUAAAAUUGCUUCACAAAGGCCAUAUAGGAGUCAGUAAAACUAUAAACAAAGCCAGGAGUAUAUAUUAUUGGCCAGGACUUAAUGAUGAUGUGACAAACUAUAUAAAAAAAUGCAGGAUAUGUGAGAAAUACAGACCAAAUAAUUUUAAAGAACCAAUGAUGCCUCAUGACAUUCCCAGACUAAGAUUCAAUAAAGUUGGUACAGACAUUUUAGAGUAUGAUUCAAAAGCAUAUUUAGUAAUUGUAGACUAUUUUUCGCAUUGGUUGGACAUUUCAAUAUUAAAAGAUAAAACCUCCAGUUCAGUAAUCAACUCAUUUCAAGAUACUUUUAGUAGAUUUGGAUAUCCAGAAAUUUUAAUUGCAGAUAAUCUACCAUUUACUUCGGUAAAAUGUAAAAAUUAUUAUAGAGAAAAAGACAUUACAAUUAUGACAUGCACUCCACAUUACCACCAGAGUAAUGGACUUGCAGAAAAAGCAGUCAAUAUAAGCAAACAAAUUUUAAGAAAGAGUAAUGAGGAAAAUGUUGAUUUUAGAGAUUUGGUGAUGGAAUAUAAUAAUACCUGCAUAAUAAAUCUUGAUGCAUCUCCAGCUCAAAUUUUACAGAGCAGGAUCCUGAGAGGACAAUUACCAACUACAGCUAAUAAAUUAGAACCUACAAUCCAGAAACAAGUAUAUAAGAAUUUAUGCAAAGAAAAAGAGAAAUUACAAGUACGUUAUGAUAAGACAGCACGAAGAAAACCAGUAGAGUUUAGAAAGGGAGAUAGGGUAGUAAUAAGAAGUUCAAAAGAUAAUUAUUGGCGUAAAGCAAUUGUGUUAGAAAAGGCCAAUGAACCUAGAUCAUAUUGGGUGAAAAAAGAAGAUAACAAUAAAAUUAUUAGACGGAAUUCACACCAAAUGAAACAUUCAUACACCACAACACUUGAAAAAGAACUCAUUUUAGAACCCGAGUUGUACCCUGAUAUUCAGUCACAAAGUGUUCAUAAAGAUACCACUCACAUUAACGUAAAUGAUAGUGUUAAUAAAACCAUUAGUUGCCCAAGCCCAAAUGUAAAAUCAGUACCUACAUUGAGUCAUAAAGUCAACCCAAAUAUUGAGACUUCUAACAGUUAUAAGACGAGAGUUGGUCAUAAUAUAAAGACCCCUUAUAGAUAUCGAUCUUAGGGGGAAGGUGUUUAAUAUAUAUAGCUGUGUAACAGCGUAGCAAGGGGCUGCGUGCUAGACAUGACAUGGCUAACUUCAAGCCAGUCAACAUGGUUGUCACUUGUAUGAUUUAUUGUAUGUAAGAUGUUUAGUAAGUUUUAUAAAAAUAUAUAAUUUACUCAAUACUAUGAUUGUUUGACUUAUAACCCAUUAAAUAAAGUAGUUUAAACAUGGCGCAGUCAAACAGCUAGUUGGGUUACAGUUUACAGUCGAAAAGCUAAAUUUAUAGCAACUUGUACACGAGGU